GACACCUUACCUGUGACUCAAACGUCGAACAUCCAAAAUGGCGUCGUCGUACAGGGGGACAUCGCUUUCUGCAUCAACGUACUUUACAGACUACGCAAGUACCAUUGGUACUGCUAUAGAGAGACCAACGUUAAAGACUCGUAUGCAAGAUUUCAAGGAAUUUCUAUCGUCAACAAAUGAUCAAGGACAGUUUCUUAUUUUCGGUAAAAAUGCAUUGGAUUUGUUUCUACAUAUUUUGUACAUAUUGGUUAUGUGGGUGAUAUUGGCACUAGUUUUGGUAGGGUUUAUGGCUGUAUUUUAUGUGGUUAUUGACUGGAAUUAUCCAACAUUACAGGGACCAGACAGCAUCUUACAAACACCUGGUUUAUCUUUCCGUCCUCAACCAGAUUCUAUGUCGACAGUUAUUAGAUUUGUAAAAGGGGACGCCACGACAUAUGCAAAUUAUCUAGAUCAUACAGAGGCAUAUUUAAGAUAUUACGAAAAUGAAAACCAGCAAGGCGAGAAUUACAUAGAUUGUAGUUCAAUUAGAGAGCGACGAAAGGAAAAUUUUAAUAAAGUUUGUCGUUUUGAUGUUACUUCACUUGGUUCUGAUUGUGUUAAGCAACAGAAUUUUGGUUUUGAUGAUGGUCAACCAUGUAUUUUAUUAAAACUAAAUAAGAUUUUUAACUGGAUACCAGAAGAAUAUACUAAUGAAACCAUUCCAUCUGCAAUCGGAGGUAGUUGGUCACAGUGGAGUAUAACAGUUAAUUGUGAAGGAGAGAAUGCUGCUGACAAAGAAAAUAUAGGCCAGUUGUUUUAUUUCCCAGCAGAAGGCUUCCAUUUCAAAUAUUUCCCAUAUUUAAAUCAGCAGGGUUAUAGGUCACCACUGGUAUUUGUAAGAUUUGAUGAGCCUCGCCCUGGAACCCUUAUCAUGGUAACCUGUAAAGCCUAUGCUAAAAAUAUAGUACAUAAUACAAUCGCUUUAGCAGGGCAAGUCCAUUUUGAACUUUUGGUUGAUUAAGUUAUUUUGUUAGUUUAUGUGUACCAUCAUCAUAUGGAAUUAAACAGUAGAUAAGUUUAUAAAAUAUAAUUUUCAAAAAACAUUUAAAUUCACCCAAUUAUCAAAAGUCCUAGAACUACACUACUUUGUGUAAUCUAAUCUGAAUAAGCAUUUGAUUAUGUCUUUUAUAAAAUCUAUAAGAUUUAUGUGUAUGAUAUUUAAAACAUCUGUAAUUACUCAUUUAUGUAAUGUAGUUUGGAUAAUUAGCAUUCGAGUAUGUCCAUUAUAAAAUCUAUAGGGUUUAUGUGUAUUGUUUGUAAAACAUCUACUUAGUGUAAUGUAGUUUGGAAAUCUGUAGGGUUUAUCUGUAUGAUUUUUAAAACAUCUGCAUCGGAUUUUCAAACAAUCUAAUUUCAACACCCUUAAUAAUAGUCAAAUCAUGGCAAAUCAAAAGAUAACUUCACAUUGGUAGUAACCUUUAAUCCCCUCGGAACCCAAUUUUAACACCCUUAAUAAUCAAAUCAUGGCAAAUCAACUACAGACUGGUAGUACAUGUACCUUUUAAUCCCUCUGAACCCAAAACAUAAAUUUGUUACUUACCCCAUUGAUUUGGAAUUAUAAAAUAUUUAUUCGAAACCAAUGGGUCAGUCCUAUAGUUGCAUUUAUUACUGAAGAGAGAAUGUAAGCAGUCAAAUUACAUGCACCCAGUUUCCUUGAUUUAUGACUGUACAUUGUAUACAUUGACUUAUAUGGUAAAUUAAGAUUACUUCUGUUAUAGAAGUAGAUUGAUACUGCACACAAUGUCUUGCUUGAGAACUUUUAAACUGAAAAUACAUAAAUAUUACCAUGCACUGGUACGUAAAUGUUAUCCUGCACAGACAAGUCCAAUAUUUCUGUCAUCUAGUAUAAGUAAUGUGCAAUUGGCACAAUAAUGGUACGCCAACGGAUCACGCCAUAUCUGUAUUUUAAGUAAUAUUAGUUCAUUUUCAUUUAAUACAUUGGCACAGCAUCCCAAUUCACCAUUUCCCAUCUUAUUUUUAUCGUCAGUUUAUUUAUUUGAUCUGAAUUUCAUAACCAUCAAUAUCAUCAUAGAAUGGUGCCAUCAAUAUUAUCAUAAACUGGUGACAUCAUUACCAUAACAUGGUGACAUCAAUAAGGAAUAGUAACAUAGUCCUAGAACUGGUAACCAUGUGUGCUUGUAAUAUAACAUUAAACUGAGACUGAGUAUGCUGCCUAAAGUCUGUUAUGUUCAUACCACAAUCUAAUCUGAGAUAAAAUACUAAAAGUUAUUAUAUACUUUUAGUUAAGAUGAAGCCACCUUCUAAAAAAAGGAUUGUGUGGUGAUCAAAUAAUUCAAUGGUUUUGGCAAAAGGGCGUAUUUUUUAACUUCAGAGAGAGGAGAGUUGCACUCCUUGACAGUACUUCCCUCCCCCUUCUGAGUCUUAUGGACACAUCUGGUUUUAAUUUUGGUUGGGGAAGUUGAUUUUAUUGGGAGUUUUUUUGUAGAAAAUUAUAUUUUAUAUUGUUCAGAUAUGUAUUUUUUUUUAUAGUUUUCAAAAAUAAUUGUAAACUAAAGUUUUUUGUCUAUUGUUUUAAUAUUAUAGUUAUAUUAUAAUUUAAAAUAUUGAUGCGUCAUUUUAGCACUAUUGGAAUCACUUGCAAACAACAAUAUGGUGAAAGGUGAAUCUCUAAUGGGAAUAUCAGUCCAAAAAUGGUUCAAUUGUGUGUAGUAUUUAUAAAGAUACAUGUAUGUUGAAUUGAAAUUUCAUUGAUCUAGGCUUCUUUGCUAUGUAAUAAGCCUGUCAUCAUUUUGUUACCUGCAAGAAUUUAUUGGUAGACAUGUUUUAAACCGGAUUUCAUCUAAACAUGGACAUAUCUAGCAUUAGUAUUUUGAUUUUUUAAUUGAAUAUUAAAUAUUUCAACCUCAUUACAUUAAGUAAUUUUUACAAACCCACAUAUAAUUUAAGAGUAUUAUCAUCACCCUGUCUGUCACCUCAGUCUGUUGUCUGCAGUCUGCAAUUUGUCUAUCCACACUCUACAGGUCAGGAUUCUUCAUGAAUUGUUAUCAACUUAGUAGGGAUUGUUCAUUGGGUCACAUGCCAGAACACUAUCAGAAUUUUUGGACUACAAAUUGCAUAUUCUCUCCCCUUGACACCAAAACAUGUGAUUGUGAUAGAGGCUACAGUUUUUAACAGAUUCUUUUCAAAUUUGGUUUGAAGUAUUGUGGUCAUGAGAGGAUAAAGCCUAUCGAUAUUCAGCAUUCUGCGACUUUGUGUAAAUGAGUUAUUGCCCUUUGCCGAAAACCUUGUGAACGGGAUAGAAGCUACAGAUUUUAAUGGCUUCUUUUCAAAUUUGAUGGAAAGCUGUGGGGUCACGAGCGAAAUGAAAUGGGGUUUAACGUCAUACCUUUCUGCACUGACUGGGCUCAUGAAGACGGAGGGUCAAGAGAGGACAAACCCUAUAGAUAUCCAGUGUUUUUUGCUAUUCUGUUAAAAGUCCUCCACACCCCCCCACCACAUUGACAAAAAAAACUUAUGAACACCAUAGAGGCUAUAGUUUUGAACGGAUUCUUUUCAAACUAGAUGUGAAGCAUUGUAGUGUAUAUAUUCAUUCUUAUAGGCUGUAUUCAUUAGCCUAGUAGGACAUUAAACCCCAUUUCAUUUCAUUCUUAUAGGAAAUCUAAAAGAUUUUUUUUGUGAGUGGUCAGUCUCACACUGUGCUGUGUUUUAAUAUAAAAAAAGCUAAUGUUAUUCUUGCCAUUCGGUCUAGUGUAGCAGGUAUAGAGUUUUAUUCUUUAGUUAUUAAAGCCUCUUCCAUGUUUUAGGCUUAACUGUUGAUCAUUAGGAAUUUUUUAAAAAAUAUAUCUGUUGACAUUCAAUAAGAUACUACCCAGACUUAACAUUUUUAUUUCUAUAUCAUUUGUCCUUUUUGUAUAUGAGCAUGUUAUUUUUAUACGUCCAAAUUUUCAUGUGGACAUAUUAUGUCGUCGCCCCUGUCCGUCCAUGGGUCUGUGUGUCUUUGGGUCACAAUUUUUAUCCGUUUUUUUUGUUGUUUCUUUUUACGAAACUUAAAAUAUAUGUUUAUAUCCCAAAGAUUACUGUUGAUAUGGGCACAUAUCGGACAGCAAACUUCAUGGAUUAUUGUCAUUGAUAGUACGGAAAAUCACGUUUUUAGCUUGUGUACCCUCCGUGUUGGAGUUAUGCCGCCUGCCCUUUAUGCAAAAUGUGAAAUAUGUACAAAAUUUAUGGACUCUUCCGAUGCAGAUGAAACUUACCAUAAAUGUAAUGUUUUAAAAUUUCUAGCUUUGGACCUUCCAUUUUGGUGUAGGGCUUUUUUUUUUAAUUGAGAUAUAUCUGGUGUGUGGGUGUAUUUCCACACUUAGUGUUAUUGUAUUAAUUCAUUGUAAAUAGCCAAUCAAAUCAUAUAUAGAUAUAUAUUAUAUUUACAUGUAACAUUCCUUUAAUAACUACAUAUAUUUCUUUUUUACUAUUUUUUAUACACUCACAUUGAAAUGUGGUCAUAUAUUGUCAUCACCCCCGUCUGUCAACAUCAACUUGAUCUUGAUAAUAAAAAAAAAAUCUUUCCCAAGUUUGUUAGUGUCUUGUAAAUUCUUCCAUUACCAACAAGAGCAUAAAAUGUGACAUCCUUUAUUAUGGACUACUCAGACAACUUAGCUGCUGUGGCCGUAUGUUUCGUUACCUGGCAACCUACCUUAUUAAUUCAUUGUAAAUAGGUCAAUCAAAUCGUAGAUACAUGUAUGUAUAACAUUCCUUUUAUAAUAAUAAAUAUAUAUAUAUUUCUUUUUUAA